ACCCAAUUUAAACUGCAAACGAUAGUAUUUGUAUCUCAUGCGGUCAGCAGUUUGAGUGACAGGGCUUUGAGUCACGGAACAUAAACCGGUCAUUGUUGGUAUAAAAAGAGCAGAGAGCCCCUCCAGUCCCACAGAGCUCACUUUGGUCCCUGGGACAGAUAGUUUGCCACCAUGCGUUUGUUAAUCCUUGCAUCACUCGUCUAUUGCUCCUACGCCUAUGGAAAAGGCGGAUAUGGAGGUGGAUAUGGAGGUGGAAAAGGAGGCUAUGGCGGUGGCCUGAGUGGAGGUAAAGGAGGAUACGGAGGCGGUGGAUACGGAGGUGGCGGAUACGGGGGUGGCGGAUACGGAGGUGGUUACGGAGGAUACGGAGGUGGAUACGGAGGUGGUUACGGGGGUGGAUACGGAGGAUACGGAGGUGGAUACGGAGGAAGAAGAGGAGGAUACGGAGGUGGUGGAUACGGAGGCAGAGGAGGAUACGGAGGUGGAUACGGAGGUGGAUACGGAGGUGGUUACGGAGGUGGAUACGGAGGUGGAUACGGAGGCGGAAGGGGAGGAUACGGAGGUGGAUACGGAGGCGGAAGGGGAGGAUACGGAGGUGGCGGAUACGGAGGUGGUUACGGAGGAUACGGAGGUGGUUACGGAGGUGGAUACGGAGGCGGAUACGGAGGAUACGGAGGUGGAUACGGAGGUGGAUAUGGAGGAUACGGAGGUGGCGGAUACGGAGGUGGAUACGGAGGAUUCGGAGGUGGAUUCGGAGGUGGAUUUGGAGGUGGAAAAUAUGUGAUCCAUGAAUUGUCGUUUGCCGCCAUGCGUUUCUUAAUCCUUGCUUCGCUCGUCUAUUGCACCUACGCCUAUGGAAAAGGCGGAUGGGGAGGAGGUGGUGGCGGAUGGGGAGGCGGUGGAUGGGGAGGUGGAAAAGGAGGCUAUGGCGGUGGUAAAGGAGGCGGCGGAUGGGGAGGAUACGGAGGGGGCGGAUAUGGAGGCGGCGGAUAUGGAGGUGGCGGAUACGGAGGUGGCGGUUACGGAGGCGGUGGAUACGGAGGCGGUGGAUACGGAGGUGGAAAAGGUGGCUUCAUUAUUUUCGGAGGAGGAAAAGGAGGAUACGGAGGCGGUGGAUGGGGAGGUGGGGGAUACGGAGGUGGAAAAGGAGGAUAUGGAGGUGGUGGAUACGGAGGUAGAUACGGAGGCGGAUACGGAGGUGGAUACGGAGGCGGAUACGGAGGUGGUGGAUACGGCGGAUUCGGAGGUGGUGGAUACGGCGGAUUCGGAGGUGGAUACGGAGGUGGUGGAUACGGAGGUGGCGGAUACGGAGGUGGAUACGGAGGCGGUGGAUACGGAGGUGGAUACGGAGGAUAUGGUGGCGGAUAUGGAGGUGGAUACGGAGGAUACGGAGGCGGUGGAUACGGAGGCGGAUUCGGAGGGGGAUUCGGUGGUGGAAAAUCAAUCAAAGCUUACUAAGAAGUGGUCAUAUUUCCAAACUUUACAUUUCCUGCCCAGUACAAAUCCAGCCAAUCAGUUCUCAUUGUUAUGUUUGUUAUUAAAUUGUGUUGUAUUAAUUUCGCAUAUAAAAGGUAAAUCCUGCUAA